AUGAAGCUGAUAAACUUGCGUGAGCUCGAGUUCGAAGCAUCACAAAGAAUUCCAGGUCCAGUCCACCGGCGGGUUUCGGAAGCCACCGAGGUGGGGCGAAGAGCUUUAAGACUGCACGUGCUCGGCAGCGCACCAACAGGCAUUGCAUUCUCCCCUCGCUUCCUCUCCCGCAUGCUGCGGGCGUCCUGCUGGGCACUGCGUCCUCCCAGUCUCGCUGCGGUGGGUCGUGCGCCCACGAUGGGUGAACCACCCGGAUUGGGAGAAAGAUGCUUGGGAGGCGCCAAGUUCCCUGGUUGA